AUGAGCGGAGAAAAGAGUUUGGAUCCUACGUCGGGACUGAGCGACUCUGAGGAUGAACUGGUGACGCGGCUGUGUCAUCGGUACUACCAGUCCCAAUACUAUACCCAGUUGCAAGAAGCAGUGCUUGUUGUGCUCAACCCAUACCACACCGCAGUCGACGUGAAUGGCGACGACGUAUUGCGCGCGUACCUGAAUGCGUACCGCGACGUGCGCUACACGACGAAUGCCAACCAGCAGCCUCCCCAUAUCUUUGGCGUCGCCUGCCACGCAUAUUACUACAUGCAACGCACCGGGCAGGACCAAAGCAUGUUUUUCAUGGGCGAGACCGGCAGCGGCAAGAGCGAGGCGCGAAGGCUUGCGCUGCGUGCUAUUCUUGAGCUGAGUGUAGCGCUUCCUGGAAAGCGCGGCGCGCGUCUCGGAUUCCAACUGCCCGCCGCGCUGUACGCCAUGGAAUGUUUCGGCAACGCGGAAAGCGACGAAAAUGUGAACGCAAGCGCGAUGGGGCUGUACAGUGAGCUGCAGUUUAGCGAAAAAGGGCGACUUCUUGGCAUGAAAAUGCUCAAUUACUACCUGGAACGCUCGCGUGUUUCGCCGAUGCGCUCCAAUGAGCGCACCUUUACCGUGUUUUACAUGCUCAUCGCCGGCGCUUCCCCGCAAGACAGACGCCGGUGGCGUUUUGACGACGUUCCCAGCUUCCGCCUGCUCACUGCUGGCGGCCGCAGCGUGCCUGGGAUUGACGCGCUGCGCCUCGACGCGCGAUUCCAGCGCCUGCUCGGCGCACUGGACACGGUCGGCCUACCCCAGCGGCGCGCCAUGUUCGAUACGCUCGCCGCCAUCCUGCACAUUAGCAACCUUGAAUUUGUGCACGAUGACGGACCACACACCGCCGCACGUAUCACCUUUGAGGAGCCGCUCUACAUCGCUGCGUCGCUCCUCGGCGUCGGCGCGAGCGCAUUGGCGAAUGCACUCACACACCUCACCAAGGUCGUCCGCGGCAAGCUCUGUACGGUGAUGCUGGAUGCAAAUGGCGCACUUGCGAACCGCGACAUGCUGAUGCGGAUGCUCUACUCGCUCGUAUUUGCGUGGCUCAACGAGCAGCUAAAUGUCGCGCUGUCGAGCGACCAAUUCACCACCUACCUGGGCCUCUUUGACGUGCCCAGCUGGAGUAACCGAAUCCACAACACACUCGACCAGUUUGCCGUGAAUUAUGCCGCAGACACUGUCCACCGCCACAUGAUGUACGCGCUGCUCGACCGUCGCGUGGACGAAAUGGAUCACGAAGGCCUCUCGCACAUGGCGCCGCUUCCCGCCGCUGCGGAUGAGACCGAGCGUGUGCGCCUACUGACACACUACCCCGGCGGCCUGCUCCAUAUCAUGGACGACCAGACGCGGCGCCGCUCUCGCAAAACGGACCAGACAAUGGUAGACGCCAUGCAAAAGCGCUGGGUCAACCACGCGGCGCUCCGCAUAGAUCCGCCCGACCGACUCGGUCCCCAGCCCUUCACAGUGACGCAUUUUCACGGCGAUGUGACGUACGACGCAAACGAGUGGCUUGCUUGGAACGACGAGUCGUUUGCGCUCGAGCAUGUCUCGCUCCUGCGCGGCUCGGGCCAUACCAAAGACGGCACGAGCGGUUUCGGCUCCUCCAGUCCGUUUAUACGCAGUCUGUUCAAGACCGCCGCGGUAUGGACGCAGCUGCCUACAGAGCAAGAAGGCGUGCUUGGCGGUCAGGCAUCGCUGCGCCCUUUGCGUGCUCCUUCGGCGAAACGCGCCGCGCGCAGCAACACCAUUCGCGCCUCGGCUUCGCGCAGGCAAGCUGAGCAUGACGAAGAGGUGUACGGCAACACCAUCCACGACGCCGAGCAUGAGCCAAAGCAUGGCGAGAUGCCGUGUGUGCUUGGAGAGACGCGCAAUGCACUCGACACGCUCCUCCACGUCCUCGACGAAACCAAGCCGUGGUUUGUCCUCUGCAUCCGCCCCAACGGAAACCAGCUGCCGAACCAGUGUGAGCCACGGAUGAUACGGCGCCAGGUGCACGCCAUGGGGCUCGUUCAUUUGCGGUGCAGGCAUGUGCGCGACUAUAGUGUGACGCUGACCUAUGUCGAGUUCUGCGAUCGCUACGGCGUGAUUGCGGGCCUCGACUCGCUGGGCCUGCUUGGUGUGCCGCGCAACGAAGCCAAGGUCCGUGUGAGCGAUGCUUGUGCGUUGAUGAACUGGAGCGAUACGCACGUUGCGAUGGGCAUACACAAGGUCUUUUUAACCUACGAUGUGUUCCGCGAGCUGGAGGACUAUUUGCGCGCGUGCGACCCCGAAGAAAUGCAGUACAAUUUGCGCAAGGCUGCGGCGGACGCUGUUACCGUGCCCGAUCCGUUUUCACCGUAUGUAGAUGCGGCUGUGGCGCCGGCAGAGCACCCCAAUCCAUUUGCGCCCGUACAAGAGGACCGCGCUGCGUCUUUGUACAUGGGCGAGUACGGCGCGCAGGAAACACAGAGCUUGCUACUGCCAGACGAAGACAUGGAGCAUGACACGACGACGAUUAUGCGCGACGAUCUCGACGCUGGCCCCGGCGAGACGGGCAUGGCCGAAGGGCCGCGUGUUGCGGAAAAGGUAUCGGUCUCGCGCCUGCGCCGCAACUGGGUCGCCUUUACCUGGCUGCUCACAUUCUGGAUCCCGUCUUUUGUGCUAAAGGCAAAAAAGUCGCUGCGCCGCUCGGAUGUGCGCAUGGCAUGGCGCGAAAAGUUGGUGAUCAACAUGCUCAUCUGGUUCGUCUGCAUCUGCUCCAUCUUUGUGAUUGUCUUUUUGGGCAACGUGGUCUGUCCGAAAGAGCACUUGAUCAGCACCGACGAGCUCGCUGGCCACAAAGGAAAGGAUGGCUACACGGCCAUUCGCGGCGAGGUAUUCGACCUUACUCCGAUUAUUGAUGCGCACGUAGCGGCGGUGCCUGUCGUCUCCCGGCGCUCGCUGCAGCAGUAUGCCGGCCAGGAUGCCACACACAUCUUUCCCGUCCAAGUCAAUGCGCUGUGCAACGGCGUCACUGGCAACAUCUCGCCCUGGGUCACCAUGGACAACAGCAACACCUCCGAUCCACACGCCCAGUACCAUGAUUUCCGCGCGCACACAAUGUACGAUGUGCGCCCCGACUGGUACUAUGAGCAGAUGUGGUACAUGCGGAGUCAGUACCGCGUCGCGAUGAUUGGAUAUACCAAUAAAGACCUCACAAAAAUCACCACCGACGGCCGCAGCGUCGCGUACUAUAACAAGGAGAUUUACGAUAUCUCGGACUAUGUUGCGAAUGGGAACCAAGGCGGCGUUCGUGUCCCCCAAGGUAUGGCCACGCCGCCCAAUCUCAACCGCCAAAUUCUCGCGCCCGAGAUUGUGGACCUCAUCACGCAAAAUCCCGGCGCGGACAUUACAAAGCGACUCGACGCGCUCAACCUCGAUCCGGCGCUGCUGGCGCGCCAGCGCGUGUGCCUGCGCAACCUCUUUUUUAUCGGCAAGGUCGACUACCGCAACUCUGCACGCUGUCAAUUUGCCUCCUACAUCCUCCUCGCCAUCUCGCUCAUCAUGGUCACCACGAUCGGGUUCAAGUUUUUUGCCGCGCUGCAGUUUGGCAUUGCGCGCCCCGCCGAGGAGCAGGAAAAGUUUGUCAUUUGCCAAGUGCCGUGCUACACCGAAGGCGCCGACUCGAUCCGGAAAACCGUCGACUCGCUCGCCAAGCUGCGGUACGACGACCGGCGCAAGCUUCUGCUCAUCAUUUGCGACGGCAACGUCGUCGGCGCAGGGAACGAAGCGCCGACACCCGAGCUGGUCCUGGACUUGCUCGGCGCCGACACGAGCGCGGAGCCAGCGCCGCGCAGCUUUGUGUCUUUGGGCGAGGGGGGGAAACAGCACAACAUGGCGCGUGUAUACAGCGGUUUGUACGAGCAUGCUGGGCACAUGGUCCCCUACAUUGUCGUCGCCAAGUGCGGCAAGCCCAGUGAGCACGCCAAGCCUGGAAACCGCGGCAAGCGCGACUCACAAUUGAUCACGAUGCGCUUCCUGAACAAGGUCCACUUUGGCCUGCCAAUGAGCCCACUCGAGCUGGAAAUGUACCAUCACAUCAAGAACAUUAUCGGUGUGAACCCCAGCUUUUACGAGUACCUGCUCCAAGUCGAUGCAGACACGGAAGUAGAUCCUGCCGCGCUCACGCGUCUUGUCUCUGCAUUUGUGCACGAUAAAAAGGUUGUGGGGCUCUGUGGCGAAACGGCGCUUUCGAACGAGCAGCAGAGCAUCACGACCAUGUUGCAAGUGUACGAAUACUACAUUUCCCACUACAUGGUCAAGGCGUUUGAGAGUCUUUUUGGCUCGAUCACCUGUCUUCCGGGCUGCUUUUCCAUGUUCCGGCUCCGCGCACCCGACACGCAGCGCCCCUUGUUCAUUUCUAACGCUGUGUUGGACGACUAUGCUGAGAAUCGAGUGGAUACACUGCACCUCAAGAACCUCUUAUACCUCGGCGAGGAUCGGUACUUGACUACGCUCAUGCUGAAACACUUUCCCGACCACAAGACCACGUUUGUGCGCCACGCCAAGUGCACGACCACCGCGCCCGAGAGCUGGCGCAUUCUGCUUUCCCAGCGCCGCCGCUGGAUCAACUCCACGGUGCACAAUUUGGUCGAGCUUUUGCGCACGCCACAGCUCUGUGGAUUCUGCUUGUUCUCCAUGCGCUUUGUAGUGAUGAUCGAUUUGCUCUCGACCAUCAUUGCGCCGGUCACCAUUGUCUAUUUGGUUUUCCUUAUUCUUGUGUGUGCCAUCGACGGAGGAACGAUUCCGCUCACGUCGGUCAUCUUGCUUGCCGCCAUCUACGGCUUCCAAAUGAUCAUCUUUCUCCUGCACAGACGCUUUGAUAUGAUCGGGUGGAUGAUUGUAUACAUUAUCGGCCUUCCUCUCUGGGCAUUCAUCCUCCCCCUUUAUGCAUUCUGGCACAUGGACGACUUUUCUUGGGGCAAUACACGUGUCGUCACAUCGCAGCACGGAGAGACGCUCGUGUUGCACAACGAAGGCACGUAUGACCCCGCCGAAAUUCCGCACAUGACCUGGGAAGCGUACGAAAACGAGCUGUGGGAGAAGCGCGAUGCGCACGACACGGCGCGGCAUGUGCCGGGCGCGCAAUCGACGCGUUCAGAAAUGGUGCGCGCCCCGAGUUUGUAUGGAUACGCAUCCUGCCCAAUUCCUGCCUAUUCUGACGAUUUCCACCGGUUCAGCAAGGGCUCCGAGGAUGAGAAGGUUUGGAAUGCGUGGGACGCAAGCUCGAUGGGGCACUAUGGCGAGAUGGUCCAUGUGGGAACGCGGCCGACGAGCUAUGCUUAUCGCGAUGUGCAGCAGGAGCCGCUGCUGCCGAUGGAGCCCACAGGAUAUACAUGGGAGCCGUUGGUCAAAGAGAAGCGCCGCUCGGAUACGUCGUUGCCGCUGCGUGCAGAUUCGCCACAGGAAGGGGCGCUAGUGGACGUCAAGCCGCACAAACUCCCCCACGACGAGGUCAUACGCCACGACAUCCGCAGUAUUCUGGCGCAAAGUGACCUGACCACGACCACGAAGCGCCAGCUGCGCGCACAGCUCCAGGAGCUAUACGGCUGCCCGAUCGACGCGAAGAAGGCGUACAUCAAUGCGCAAAUUGAGGCGGCGCUGCGCCAAGUAUAG